AAAAUAUUUCAAAAAUAUAGAUGAUGUAAUUUAUAAUGUAUUAAAGGUAGAUUCUUGCUUUUAACUCUUUCAGCAGGGUUAUAACUUGAUUGUAAAACUGAAUGUGAUGGUGAUCAUUAUUGUUACUUGGGAUAAUGUUAUUCAUGUUUCUAUUUUAGAAAAUAAUGUAUUUAAAUAUGAUAAUUUUAAGGGGAAGCAAAAAUUCCUGAUUUUGGCGUUUUGAUUGGUAAAGGAAAUGAAGUACCAGCAUAUUCUUGUUAAAACGAUACUGAACAUUUAGACGAACUUCAACAUUUUUUACAUCCUAAUGAGACAGGAUUUAAUUAGACAAUAUAUGUUGGAUUAAAGUAUAAUUUUAAUGAAAUUAGAUAUCAAUGUGUUCAUUAUGCCAGAAAUUAUUGGAUUUAAAAAUUCGGAUCAGCUUUCCCUGAUGUUGACACAGCAGAUCAAAUUUUUAAUCUUACUUAUGCUAUAGAUUAUGGAAAUGGAAUUUAUAGAAAUUUAACUAAAUUUUAUAAUGGAAUGUCUAAUAAUAUAAAGGCUGGUGAUUUAUUAAUAUGGAACAAAAAAUAACCUUAUUUCCCAUAUGGGCAUGUUGCUGUAGUUUUGGAUGUGUAAUUGGAAGUUGAGAUACCAUUUAUUACAAUAGGAGAACAAAAUUAUGAUGAUUUAUGGGAUUCUAAUUAUUAUGCAAGGAAACUUAAAAUUUCUCUAAGUAAUUUCGGAUUGGUUUACAUAAUAAAUGAGAGAGAAGUUAAUGGGCUUUAGCCUUAAGAAAAGUGUAAGGAUUACAAUGGAAGUGCAGAUGAUGUCAUUAUAGGUUGGGUAAGACUAAAUUAUUGAUG